AGUGCUAAAGUGUACCUUUUGUAACCACCCCCACACCUUUUAACCAACACACAUGCACGUCUUAGAUAGCUGGCUAGCAGUAAACCGCAUCUGGGUCGCUUUAUCUAUCUUUUUGUGCUGUUUUGUAUUAACCAAUUCCAAAUCCAGUUCAAUGUUUCGCCGCGCUUUCAUGUGCGGCUCGCUUCUGGCGCUGUCACCCCGCGUCAGCUGCACUGUGCCCCGGGACACCGGCGGCCACGGGCGGCCGCACUCAUGACGACCCCGCCGCUUUCCCCUGUCACACGGAGGCUGUUAGGUGACCACAAAACACAGACUGGAACCCCAGGCAGAAUGGAUCUCUCAACACCUGCCUCAAUGAUCCUGUUUGUCCUUUGAGCCUGCCUUUUUUUUUUUUUUUUUUUUGCACAUUUCCUCCUUCACCUCUGCGGCACCUAAUCCAACACCUUCAUCUUUGGCCCCGCCGACAUCAUGGCAGGGGAGAAAGGGCCAACCAAGCGAAGCACCAUGGACAUCAAGCGCCUGGCAAGCCUCAUCCAGAGAGGAACAGGGCGCUUGCUGGUGAUAGACAGCAGGACAUUCUCAGAGUACAACGCAUCACACGUGCAGGGAGCGGUCAACGUUUGCUGCUCCAAGCUUGUGAAGAGACGGCUGCAGCAGGAUAAGGUGUCUGUCACAGAGCUACUGCAACCCAAUGGCAAAAUAAAGGUGGAGCUGGGCAGGAAGCAGGAAGUGGUGCUUUAUGACCAGAGUUCCAAAGAGGCAGCUCAUCUGUCCAAAGACGGCUUUGUGCACAUUCUCUUGGGGAAGUUGGAGGGCACCUUCCACAAAGUCUCCCUGCUUACUGGAGGCUUUGCUGCUUUCUCGUCCUGCUUCCCCGGCCUGUGUGAAGGCAAGCCAGCCACUGCUCUUCCUAUGAGCUUGUCCCAGCCCUGCUUGCCUGUGGCUAAUGUCGGGCCCACUCGCAUCCUGCCGCACCUUUACCUGGGUUCCCAGAAAGAUGUUCUCAAUAAGGAUCUGAUGGCUCAGAAUGGUAUAACAUAUGUACUAAAUGCCAGCAACACCUGCCCCAAGCCAGACUUCAUCAGCGAGAGCCACUUCAUGCGCAUCCCAGUCAAUGACAACUACUGUGAGAAACUGCUUCCUUGGCUGGACAAAACAAAUGAAUUCAUUGACAAAGCCAAGGUGUCAAACUGCAGAGUCAUUGUGCAUUGCUUGGCUGGAAUCUCACGUUCAGCGACCAUCGCCAUCGCUUACAUCAUGAAGACAAUGGGCCUGUCAUCAGAUGAUGCCUACAGGUUUGUAAAGGACCGAAGACCCUCUAUAUCCCCCAACUUUAACUUCCUGGGCCAGCUGCUGGAGUUUGAGAAAGGCCUACGACUGCUCCAAGCGUUGACGUCAAGCUCUGAUGACAAAAUCAUCGAAGGCCACUCAAAGCAAAAUUCGGAGCUUAACGUUGUCAACACGGGUUUCGUGAUGAACGGUCACCAUAGCAAUUAUGACUCAUCUGCGGUAGAGCUACAAAAUCCUCCCGAGCCCAAGGUACCAUCACCUGCUUCCCUCCAGCAAGGCUUCAACGGAUUGCACCUCUCUGCGGAGAGGAUCAUGGACACAAAUCGUCUGAAACGCUCCUUCUCCCUGGACAUUAAAUCUGUGUACUCACCUAACAGUCCACACCCUGCUGCCGUGGCGCCGACACACUCUGAAGACGUCCCCAAGCUGUGCAAACUGGACAGCCCCGAAACAGGCACCUCCAAUGGUGUCUGCUCUCAGUCUCCCAUCCUGGACAGUCCUUGCUCCUCCGACUCCCCGUUCCCCUCACCGGGCAGCACGGGAAGCAUCGGAAGUUUGGGGCACGGAGGAAGCGAGGGCGUCCAUCGGCCCAGUUCCUCGGCAUCCAGACCCAGAAGGAAAGCCAAGCAUAGCUCUGGCACCUCACCAAUCCAUUUCCAACAACUUCCUCCACAGUCGCUCAGCCUGUCCCUCGACCAUAAGGAUGAGAACUUAAAGGGUUCCCUGCUUCUCGCCCUGCCCUCUCUGCCGUCUAUGGGAUCUGGAUCCAUGUGGACCAAACACAGAGACACUGUCCAGGCCACCACCCCUGUUACGCCGGUGACCCCCACCACCGAUGCUCCCUGGCACUUUGGGGUGGAGGAGGGCGGCGAGAUGGAGCUCGGCAGCGGUAGCGGAACCGAGUCGUCCGUGAGGUUCGGGAGCAGCUCGGCGUACGUGGCGUUCGGUUGCAGCGAAAACGUGCGGUUACGAGACAAACCUUCAAAGGAGAAGCCCCCGAUGCAGCAACGUGAAAAGCAAGCCGAGCGGGCGAACAACAGCAGCUCGGCCACGGAGAAGCAGUUUAAACGUCGCAGCUGUCAGAUGGAAUUUGAGGAGGGCAUCUCAGAGACGCGGUCCCGGGAAGAACUGGGCAAGAUUGGGAAACAGUCGAGUUUCUCCGGGAGCCUUGAGAUCAUUGAGGUCUCCUGACAGAUAAUAGACAUGAAUACCACUGGAGGCAAAAAGAGACCUCCUUCGAAGAACUAUGUCUAUAUCACAGACAGUGUUCAAAACUCCAACUGAGAGUUGGACAAAGUUUUGGACCGAGACAUUGUGCUGCUUACCUGACCACAACCUUCUGAACUUUCUCGAGGCAGCGAAGCGUGAGCUGUCGGUACUAACCUUCUGCGGUCAAAGGGCCCAGUGCCUGCGCUAUGUUGCAUCCUUAUCAUGUACAAUAACUUGUUGUUGACAUGGAGCAUGGACUCCAACCGCCUGCCUGUGGUCAAGUGUAAAGGACUUCUAAUUGUGAUCUGAACCAAGCGCCCCUCGCUAUCCCCAAAGCGUCCACCACCAAAAGCCUCAGAACCUCAUACUCGUCUAGUUCAGUCCAGUCGCAACACCACCUACGUGAGCGGAGGAUUCGGAGCGCCGACGUCACCGCAGCACAAGGAACGCACACACAGCCCUCGGGAUGGCCUGAAUGCAGCCGUAACAAUGACGGGGCCUCUGCCCAAGCCAGCUUCCACCGGGGAUUCUUAAGCACAGUGACGCUGGUCCCCUCACUUCCAGUGUUAGCUGCGUCAUGGCACUGAGGUUUCGGGUCACAGGACACCCUGCCAUUGCUCCCUGCCACCACUUGUGGUCACCACUGAGCAUGUAUUGUGAAAGGUUGGCAACAGAGAGACAAAUAACGAUAGAUCCAGUAUGAAUAUACUGUACAUGUAUAGUGACUCAAAGGGACUUUUAAUUUAUUGUUCAUUCUGGUAAUGAGAUAUAAUAUAAUGUUUUGUGGAUUUAUUUCAUUUUUCUUUUGUUUAUUAUUAUGAUUUGCUGUAUGGUAUUUAUGAACACAUACAAAUACAUACAUUCACCAGAUUCAAGCAAGCAAUAUGGGCUGUUUCUUCUUUGGGGAGAGUGAAGUAUGACUUGGAAAUGCACUUUUUUGCUCCUCUGAUAACCAAGUUCUAUUAUGGGAUGACGCAGACAAAGCUAGUGACAGCUUACAGAAACAGCAGCAGAAGUCUGUGAUUAUGGCUUUAACACAUGAGCAUAUUGUGCAUGACAUCGGGGUGGGGGGAUGGGGGCGCAUGCAUAACGACAACUUUAUGCAACCUACGCACAGUUUUUGAUAAACCAGUCACCCUCUCAAAGCCAGUUCCGGUGUUUCUCACCAAAGCUGAACCGAACACACACAUACACCCAACACUGUAUGCACUUACAGUAUUUAUAUACAGGUAAAGCUUCGGCCCUCACAUGCACACACACACACAUACGCAAUCUUUUUCUUUCUUUCUCAGGGGAUCUUUCGGUGAGCCAAGCCCAGCACAUCAGCACAAAACAAGGAAGUCUCUAACAUUUAUCUCUUCCCCCCCCCCUACCCCCAUGCUUUGAUUAAAAACAGUUGAAAAAUGAAAUUGUCACUCUCCUGGUGCAAGAUGCUUAUUUAUUCACCGUGUAAAACUUGUUGUCUUUUGACCCUUGACUAGCAUUUGACCUUGUGCUGCUACAACUUCUGAUAGAUUCCUUUUGUUUGCCUGAGGCUCAAUCAAGCUCCUAAAUCCCUCCUUCAUGUUGUUUUUAAAAUUGUUGUUAGCAUUAUUUAUGAUAUGUAACAAAUAUGAUGCAGGCUGUCCCAUUUGCUAAAUCUGUUGUUAUUGAAUUAUUAUUAUUACUAUUAUUGGUAUUCUUAUUAUUAUGAUUAGGGUGUUGUAAAUAGCAACACAUGGAAGAACACUGAUGAGUUUUUAAAAGAAAAAUCCUGACACCUAGGCUGCUUGAUGCUAAAAAAAAAUUAUAUAUACCUCAGGUUUAAUUGAAAGGCUUCUCCUUCCCCUGUACAUGUUUUGUGAAAAUGAGACAAAAUACAGACAUGACAAAAUGCAAA